AUGGACGAAAAAAGCAAAAUCACCAGCCAGCAGGCUCUCUGCGUCUCUGACGGAGAUGUCAGCAAAAAACGACGGUGCAACAUCUCAGCUCUCAAGAUGUUUAUUGUGGCGCUGUCCUUCUCCUAUUUCUGCAAAACCCUCGCUGGAACCUUCAUCAAGAGCGCCAUCACACAACUCGAGAGGCGAUUCGACCUCUCCAGCUUGCGCAUAGGCCUCAUCGACGGGGGUUUUGAAAUGGGCAACCUGUUGUUUCUAGCCGUGGUCAGCCAUUUUGGUGCCAAGAUGCACCGACCGAGGCUCAUCGCGGGGGGCUCCGUUCUUAUGGCGGCGGGGGCUCUUCUCACCGGACUGACGCAUUUCUUCAUGGGACCGUAUAAGUACGACACGGUCAUCGCCUCGUCCCAAAAUGACAGCUCGAGCACCAUUGCCUGUGUCAGGCCUGAAACCAAUGUCAGCCACUGGAAUCAAACACUUCAGAACACGACACAAGCGUGCGAGAAGUCCGGUUCCAAUAUGUGGAUCUACGUGUUCUUGGGGAACGCGUUGAGGGGGAUCGGGGAGACACCCGUCACACCUCUGGGCAUCUCGUACAUUGAUGACUUCGCUAAAGCGGAAAACUCUCCCUUCUAUAUUGCUUGUCUCCAGACCAUCGCUCUCCUUGGCCCUAUAUUUGGCUACCUCCUUGGGUCCUAUUGCGCUAAUAUAUAUGUUGAUAUUGGAUUUGUUGAUAUGGAAAGUGUGACCAUCUCCCCCAAAGACGCCCGCUGGGUGGGAGCCUGGUGGUUGGGAAUGCUAGUGUCCGCCGCCCUCCUCUUCAUCUCCAGCCUUCCUUUCUUUUUCUUACCCCAUUCCCCCGAGGUCGAAGAUGCCAAACCCUCACUUGUGGAAAAAAUUGCCGAACCAACGACGGAUUCCUCCAACAACGAGCCAGUAAAAAAAAUUAAAGAACUCGCCAAAGGGUUCCUUCCCUCACUGAAACGCCUUUUGUGCGAUCCCAUCUUCAUCCUGCUCUUGAUUGGCAAUACCCUGAAGUUCAACGCGUUUGUUGGCAUGUUCACCUUUAACGCCAAAUAUAUAGAGCAGCAGUUUGGACAGUCGGCAUCCAGAGCCAACUUCCUCAUAGGGUUGUUGACAAUCCCGGCCGUCGCCUUGGGGAUCUUUUUGGGUGGUGUCGUGAUGAAGCGAUACAAACUGAGCAUUAUAUCAGGAGCUCAGUUCUCCCUCGCCGUGUCACUCGUAUCGUACCUACUCUUGUUGCUCAAGUUCAGCACCAAGUGUGAUAACAUCCCCGUGGCUGGACUCACCACCUCAUACAACGGGACGCCGGGAGUGUUUCACGGUAGGCGGAAUCUUUUCUCCAAGUGCAACAGCAACUGUUCGUGUUCGCCGGACGAUUGGGACCCGGUGUGCUCGGACAGCGGAAUCACGUACAUCACGCCGUGUUUGGCCGGCUGCCUCGGCUAUAGUGGAUACGGCAAAGAAACAGUGUUCCAUAACUGCACUUGCGUGUCCGUGUCAUACCCGGCGGGCAGCAGCACGUCUGUGAAACUGGGGCAGUGCCCCCAAGCCAAAAGCUGCAGCCGAAGUUUCACCUCCUAUAUGGCCGUGUCGGUCCUGAGCGCCUUCAUUAACUCCCUAGGAAUCACGCCUGCGUACAUGAUUAUCAUAAGAUGCAUCACCCCACAAUUUAAAUCCCUCGCCCUGGGAUUGCAGACCAUGAUCAUUAGAGUCCUUGGUGGGAUCCCAGCGCCGAUUUAUUUCGGAGCAAUUAUUGAUCUAACCUGCUUGAAGUGGUCAGUAAAAAACUGUGGCGGAAAAGGAGCUUGUCGGAUCUAUGAUGCCGAUAUGUACAGGGUAAUCUUCCUUGGUUUAGUCUCUGGUCUCUGCGGGGUCUCCUUUUUCUUCACAUUAGCUGUGAUAAUCCUCCUCCGAAAGCAUUUCCAGAAGAAGGAAGACGAACGUGAAGUUGAGCUCAACCCCCAAUCAAUAAUGACGAAUAAUACACUCAGUGCAAAGGACGUCGACGGGGUUAUUAACAAUGGCUUCGCUCCUAUCACCAUGCAUCACCUAAGGAUUUCUGCAUUUGUCCUACUACCGUUUGCGUUGCUGCAUUGUGUCGCCGCCGCCCCGAGCAACAGACACUCAAGUUCAAACUCAUUCGGCGAUGAGGGCGAUGAAUGGUCCGUGCCCAUGUUCCCCUUCUCCAACCCAUUCCUCAGUCUCAUGGCAGCACGAUCCCAACGAGGGCUCCAGGAUAUGAACAGCCACUCCGUCCAGAAAAGGAAAUGCAACACGGCAACGUGCGUCACCCAAAGACUAGCAGACUUUCUGGUGCGUUCAAGUAACACCAUUGGUACCGUGUACACGCCAACAAACGUUGGUUCUGCCACCUAUGGAAAGAGGGACCGACUUCUGCCUCCUAGUUACUACCUUCCUCUCUAG